CGACAGGACGGAAUGACGGAAACUUUAAGUAAGUAGAGGGAGGAGAGGAAUCGAAGAAUAAGUACAAGCAUGAUAUCGAGUCACCCGAUUUGAUUACUUCACUUUUUACCACCUCAUCACCACGAAAUUAGAAGUGCGUUUACAACGAAGCUCACGUAUUACGUCAUAUUUUGUUCCUGAAAAAGCCUGAAAAACUCUGUACAAAGUGUUAAAUUUCGUGAAAUCUGUGAGAAGAGAUGAAGUGGUUUGAGGGCACCAUUCCAGAAGCUAUAGCUUCGGCAAAAGCUAAGAAGGCCGUCUUUGUGGUUUUUAUCGAAGGCAAAGAUGAUGCCUCACAAGAAGUUGCUAGGUCUUUGAACUCCCCAGAAGUAUCGUCGUGUUUGGAAUCUGAAAAGUUUGUUGCCAUCAAGCUACAAAGUGAUUCAGAGAAUUACACGUUCUUUGCUCAGAUUUAUCAAUUUGUUCCUGUUCCAUCAAUAUUUUUCAUUGGAGAUAAUGGCACACCUUUAGAAAUCAUUGGUAAUUCUCUACCUCCAGUAGACUUGAAAACUAAAAUUGAUUCUAUCUUGGCAAAGGCCAAUCCGAAUUCCAGCAAUACUUCUACAAAUUUAAUAGAAGCUGAACAAAAGGCACAUUCCUCUGAAAAUAAUCAAACUAGUGAAACAGAAAGUAAAAUAAGUUCUGAAAUAAAUAAUACAAACAACGAUGGUGCAGCAAGUGGUAAUGUAGAGUCAUCUGCAGCCCAAUCUGCAGAAGAUAAAGCGGCAUUCGAAAUUUCACAAGAGGAGAAACUGAAAAGAGCCAGAGAGUUGAUUGAAGUUCAAAAGAAAAAAAAGCAAGAAGAGGAGGAAAAAAAAGAAAGAGAAAGGGAAAUUGAAAGGCGUAAAGUAGGCAGAGAUCUCCAAAAACUGCGCCAACAGCAGCAAGAUAAGGAUAUUAAAGAUGCUCAGCAAGAAAGACUUCGAGAGAAAGCAGCUGAACAAGCUGCUAGAGAAAAAAUAUUGAAACAAAUUGCUGAGGAUAAAUUGGAGCGCAAGAGGAAGCAUGAAAAGCACUUGCAGGAAAAGAAUGACCAGUUAGAACAAAAAAAAAUCCAAGAGGAAGCUAAGGCCAAAGCCAAAGCGCAAGCUGCGUCUGUAGAUAUGUCCAAAACCAGAAUUCAAUUCAAAUUACCAAAUGGAAGUCCUAUCCUUGGAACAUUCGAUUCAACGAGCACAUUAGAAAGUUUAAGAUCGUACGUCUUACAAAAUGCCCAAUUACCAUUUCGUCAGUUCUCCAUGUCGGCGUUUUUCCCGCGGAAGGACUUUACCGCCGCUGAUGACAACAAGACUCUAUUAGAACUAAAUUUAGCUCCUUCAUCAGUUAUAUUAAUUUUACCCGUCAAAUCUAAUAUUCCCACGUCCGUCAUAAAAUCUUCCGACGGUUCCGGCAUAUUUUCUCAUUUCUUUUGGACACUUCUCGCUCCAGUAAUGAGUAUAUACAAUUACGUUAUGGGAUAUUUUACUGGUAGACCUAGUGCGGGUGAUUCUUCUAACAACGAAAACAGAAAUUCAGGAAAUUCGGCAAACUCUGACAGUGCUGGUGCUUCGUUUGGACGAUUGCCUGAUUUUGGAGUGAGAAGGUUGGAUAAUCAAGGAGCAAAGAUUAGGGCUCGUGGCAAUAUACAUUCUCUACGCGCUGAUGACAAUGAUAAUGACGAAAAUAACACAUGGAAUGGUAACUCAACGCAACAGAUGUAAUUUAUUAAUUAACUUAUGUUAAACAAAAAAAAAUAGUACAAUGAUUUUUUUACGAUAAAAAUACAAUUUACGUUAUUCGUGAGUAACACAAAUAACGAUGUUGAUUUUGAAGUGUUGGACAAAUUGUAUUUCUGAAAACAAACUGUAACUUGCAAAAUUUUCAGAAAAAGUUUGAAUGAUUCUUUACUCACUAUCUUAACUUGAAUAAUCAUGGAAAAAAGAAAAAAUUGGGUAUUUGACGAUCGUGAUACGAUACGAUGCGAGAGUCGGUUACAUAAGGGAUGGAUGCACGCAGUUUGUUAAUAACAUGUAAAUUUAUUCUUCAUUCAUGCAAAAAUAAACAAUA